CAACGGGCCCAACGGCUGCUUCCCCAGCUCCUCGCCAACGUGUCUUGCUCUCUCACUACGGAGAGGUCGACGAGACGAUGGACAACACGUAUCAGCCAGACAUUCUGGAGUAUUCUCCGGACCUGGAGGGGAACAUUCCUGUAAACCAGGCACAGCACCUCCGGGAAGACGUCGCAGAGCACCAUCUGAACGAUCCGAACUACUAUGUUCAAGAACACAUUCAGCUUCAUCGAGUCCAUCGCUCGACGGAGAAAAUGACCGACUUCAGCUCGAUCGACGAUCGCGUAGCGGUUGAAAUUGAGAAUGACCUUGAGGACGACUCCCCUUACCCUGAGGUCCGGGCCGCGGUGUCGAAUACCGAUGACCCAACCAUGCCGGUCAACACGUUCCGCACGUGGUUCUUGGGCUUGUUGUUCACCAUUGUCAUCUCCGGCCUCAAUCAGUUCUUCUCACUCAGGAUACCAUCCGUAACCAUCACUGCACUUGUCGCACAGUUGGUCGCUCUGCCCUGUGGCAAGUUCCUGGAGCGGACGCUCCCGACGAGGAAAUUUCAUACAUUUGGUUAUGAGUGGUCGUUCAACCCAGGCCCUUUCAACAUCAAGGAGCAUACUGUCAUCACUGUGAUGGCUAAUGUCGUGUACGGUGGGGCGUACGCAACGGACAUAUUGAUUACGCAGACCGUGUUCUACGGCGAGACGCUACCAGUUGGAUACCAACUGUUGUUGGUGAUCUCCACCCAAAUGAUCGGCUUUUCCUUCGCCGGCAUCUGUCGCCGCUGGCUCGUGUGGCCAUCCUCAAUGAUCUUCCCCUCCACCCUGGUGAAUACUGCAUUGUUCAAUACCCUGCAUUCUACCUACGGCCACGACGACAAAGGCAGGAUCUCACGCGAGAAGUUCUUUCUUCUCGCGUUCCUGUGCUCAUUCCUGUGGUAUUUCUUCCCCGGAUAUAUCUUUGCGGCCCUCUCAUACUUCAACUGGAUCUGCUGGAUUGCCCCGAAUAACUUCAUCGUCAAUGCCCUCUUUGGUUUCAACUCCGGCCUGGGCAUGAGUAUUAUUACAUUCGAUUGGGCGCAGGUCACCUACACGGGCUCCCCGCUCGUUUCACCGUGGUGGGCAGAGGCCAACGUCUUCGCGGCUGUCGUCAUCGUUUACUGGCUUGUCUGCCCUAUCAUGUACUUCACAAACACUUUCUUUGGUGGCUUCUUGCCGAUGGUUAGUGGCAGCUCUUGGGAUAACACUGGCGCCGAGUACGAUGCCACUCGCAUUAUUGUUGAUGGCGUCUUUCAAGAAGAGCUAUACCAACAGUAUUCCCCUCUUUACCUGUCGACCUCCUUCACACUCGCCUAUGGCCUCUCGUUCGCAGCACUGACCAGUACCAUCGUCCAUACGUUCCUAUGGUAUAGACAUGAUAUUAUCCGCCAAUUCCGGGCCUCCCUCAAGGAUGAAUCCGACAUUCACUCCCGCCUCAUGUGCGCAUACAAGGAAGUGCCCCAUUGGUGGUAUGCGGCACUCGGUGUCAUUAGCCUCGUAUGUGGCAUUGUCUGCAUCGAGGUAUAUGACACCAAGCUGCCGGUCUGGGCGUUCUUCGUUGCGCUCGGAAUUGCCCUCAUCUACCUCAUUCCCGUCGGGAUGAUCCAGGCCAUCACUAAUCAGCAAGUCGGGCUGAACGUGAUCACAGAACUAAUCGUUGGAUACGCGGUUCCUGGAAGACCGGUUGCGAUGAUGAUCUUCAAAACCUUUGGCUACAUUACCAUGUCUCAAGCGUUGGCAUUUGUCUCUGACCUCAAACUUGGACAUUACAUGAAAAUCCCUCCUCGGUUGAUGUUUACUGCUCAGGUUGUCGCUGGUCUGCUUGCGUGUUUCAUUGUGGUUGGCGUUCAGGAUUGGAUGCUUGGAAAUAUUGACGGGAUCUGCACUCCAGAGCAGAAAGACCAUUUCUCUUGUCCCAACUCUCGGGUCUUCGGCACUGCGUCUCUCAUUUGGGGUGGAAUUGGGCCACAACGCAUCUUCUCCAAAGGCGCAGUCUAUUAUCCGCUUGUGUAUUUCUUCCUCAUCGGCGCAAUUCUGCCAAUUCCCUUCUGGCUUCUUGCCAAAAAGUAUCCUCAAUCAUGGUUCAAAUAUGUCAACAUCCCAGUCUUCUUCACUGGACCAGGUUACAUGCCCCCGGCAACUCCUAUUAACUAUGCUGCAUGGUUCGUCGUCGGCACAUUUUUCCAGUACUUCAUGAGGCGGUAUCACUUUACAUGGUGGUCUCGAUACAACUACAUAUUGUCUGCUGCCCUCGAUUCUGGUCUGGCAAUCUCAACCAUAGUCAUUUUCUUUGCAUUGUCAUUUCCUGCGCAUGGGACGAUUGGCGCAGAUAACCUCGCACUGUGGUGGGGAAAUACAGUAUUUUUGAAUACGAUCGACUUCGCCGGUACCCCACACUUAGCACUUCCUGAAACCGGAUAUUUCGGAGUACCGCAGGGUUCCUGGACAUGAAGUCAAAUAUUGCAUGUUCAUAUCGUCGCA